GGGUCCGCCGCGAAAGUGUUAGAUUGUUGACUUCCUGUGCAGCCUGUCAAUUGCCCCCUCUUCUCAGUCUCAGAUAUCGAUCAUUCAUCUCAGCUAGUCUCUCAUCAUGGCGAAGAAGGCAUUGCCCAAGGAUCAGAUUGUGAAGCUGAUCGUGGGAGCUGGUCAGGCCAGCCCCAGUCCCCCCGUCGGUCCGGCCCUGGGUAGUAAGGGUGUGAAGAGUAUGGAUUUCUGUAAGGAGUUCAACGCCCGCACUGCGCACAUCAACACCGGUGUCCCCAUCCCGGCCCUCGUCACCGUCCGUCCCGACCGUUCGUUCCUGUUUGACCUCCGGACCCCGACCACGACCUAUCUGCUUCUGCAAGCCGCCAACGUCGAGCCGCGCAAGAACCGCAUCCGCGGGGCCCAGAACCCCGGCCACGAGAUUGUGGGCAAGGUCUCUCUCAAGCACAUCUACGAAAUCGCCAAGAUCAAGCACACCGAGACGCGACUGUCCGGUCUGAGUCUGCAGGGCAUGUGCAAGAGUGUUAUCGCCCAGGCCAAGUCGAUCGGAGUGGAGGUGGUGCCGUGAGCGGCUGGACGGGGGAAGUCGACUGUAUUGUAUAUGGGAUCCUUGCUACCGGGCGAUUACUGCUGCUAGCUGUCUGGGAUUGAUGAUCAUGGCGUUCUUGGGGGGCUGGGUCUGUUGUCAUUUGUAUUAAUAGGCAUUGCAUGUGAUAUAGAAAGCGUUGGCUGGUGCCUGAAGCGUUCUACACAAACAACCUCGAUCCUGCUUUGCAGAGCGUAAGAGACCGUCUAUCCUCGCCGAUGUUGCAGGUCUAGUAGGGGGUCGGUCUUGGCUCAAGCAAAGCGACUCCUCCGUGUCACCCGCACGACUGCCACCGUCACCAUGCCAAGCUCCUUCCGCCGUCCAUCGAGCAACCUGAGGGCGGAAGAGGAGACAGCAGGAGGCGAGAG